AUGACGUCGGCGAAGGCGGUGGUAGCGGUGGUGGGCUCUCUGCUACUGCGAGCAAGUGCGCAGACAGAGUGUGCAGUGCCGGUUGGAUUCCCUUCGUCUACAGCAGUGGACAGAAGCCUGUUCAAGUUCUUUGCAACAGUGGACUUUUUGCCCCACUUCUUCACUUCCACGCCGGGUUUCUGUCGCAGUGGCCCUACCUGGGAUCAUGAGCCAGCACUCGACACCAACGCAGGAAUAGCGGCAUCGGCCGAGAACAACGAAGCAGGAGAUGGCCAAUGGUUCUGCGUCCAGGAACGUCACACGCGAGUUGGAUGCAUGGCCCAGUGCGAAACGCGGCAUGAUUGCGAUGGUUUUGAUCGACCGCCCAUUGAAGGUUUGCAAGAGUGCUGUCUGUUCACGGGCAACAACACGGGCAAUGGUGAUGCUAAUCGCAUCUGCUUCUCGAAAGACGUGCCGCGCCCGUUCAAACCUGGAGACCUCCGGGAUACGUCUGUGACUGUGCUUCCGGUACCUUUUUUGAGCUACCUCACGCUGUCCUCAAAUUCUCUCGGUGUCGUGGCUUCAGCUGAUAUGGGAUGGUGCUUUUUCUGGCAGUGGUGCGGAUUCGUUGUGAAGGAUUGCCGCGGCCAGGUCUUGUACAAAGUGGAGGUUGAAGCCCUGCCAGACAUUGAUUCCACGGGGAAGCUGUAUCCUGGCACGUUGGGAGUGAGUUAUGUCAUUAAAGAUGGCGCUGGGAUGUAUCUCGGCCGAAGCAGCCAUCUGACUGAUGGUUACCAGCCCAUUCGACUCUUGAAUGCUGAAAACGAGGAGGUGUCCAUGCUGAUCACGGAUGCGGGGUUCUGGAGAAGGACCUUUUUCCCUCUGCGUUGGUUCGUCAACACUGCCGUCACAGCAGAAUCGGCUACACAGGUGCCUCUUUCAGAUCCGCGCUUGCUCACGCUGAUGGUCACGUUCCAAUUCCGCAACCUAGGAUACUUCGGUUUCUUCUGGGUGUUCCUGCUGAUAUUGCUCGCUGCUGCAUACUACUACAUUCGCAGGGAACGGCUCCGCUAUGGCACCUACCCCGCACGCGGCUGGUGGAAAUACUUUCCGUUCUCCUCGAGUUCGUAUGACGAGGAGCAGGAGUUCCUCAACACUGACGGCGGCUGUUGCACAGGGCGGCCGAAGAAACAGAAGACGUCAUGGGGGAACUCCUUCACGCUUGUCAGCAGUCCUGCGGGUGACAUGCUCUGA